AUGGCUGGUGGUGAAGCAUCUUCUCACAAUCUUCACUCCUCUACGCCUAUUGUGGGUGAGGGUGUUCAUGGGAGGAGGGUAGACUUAGAAGGUGAUAGUUCUAGUGAAAGUGAUCUCAACAAUGAAUAUCAAGGUGAUCCUGAGUAUGAACAAAGUGAUGAUGAAUUGGUUGUUGAAGACAAUGCAGAAAUACAUCUAAAAGGACUAGGGAAAAGGGUAGUAGAGAUUGAUGUAGAAGAUGUGUCAUUGGAUAGCUCUGACAAAGAGUAUACACGAGAGGAUAGUUCUGAUGAUGGGGAUGUUUCAAAUGAAGAUGAACUCAGCAAGUUACACAAACCUAAAAGGCAAUCAAAAAAAAGAAAGCUACCUGAUUUGCUUGAGUUUGAUGUUGAUGCUGAAAUGGAGAGACCGCUACUAAAGCUUGGCUUAGUAUUUUCUUCUGGAAAACUAUUCAAACAAGCAGUCAGGGAAUAUGCUAUACAGAAUGGAAGAGACAUAUGGUUCAAAAAGAAUGAUUCUCAUAGGGUUCGAGCACAAUGUAGAGGUGUUGAAUGUCCUUGGGUGUGUUUUGCCUCAAAGAUUGAUGAUAGUUCAACAUUUGUCAUCAAAACUUAUGUUGGUGAGCAUAGAUGCUCUAGGAAGCCCCAUAAUAGAUUUGCUACUUCAAAAUGGUUAAGUAAGAAGUACUUAAAUGAAUUCAAGAGCAAUGAUAAAUGGAGUAUUUCUUCAUUUAUGGAAAAAGUGAGCAAAGACCAUGUCAUUGAAAUUUCCAAAGAUAAGGCCUAUAAAGCUCGAAAACUUGCAACAAAAUCUAUUGAAGGCACUUAUGAAGAGCAGUAUGCUGCUCUAUGGGACUAUGCUGAGGAGAUUAAGUACACAAAUAAGGGUUCCACAGUUGAGUUUUUAACUGAAUCAGGAGACAAUGGGAGGCCACGUUUUAAGCGAAUGUGCAUUUGCUUUUCUGGUUUAAAAGAAGGAUUCAGUGCUGGAUGUAGGCCAGUAAUUGGGUUAGAUGGCUGUCAUAUUAAAGGACCGCAUCCUGGACAACUAUUGACUGCUAUUGGGAUCGAUGCAAACAAUGGCAUGUAUCCUGUUGCAUAUGCUGUGGUAGAGAUUGAAAGUAAAGAUUCUUGGAGUUGGUUUUUAAAUUGUUUGAGGGAUGACUUAAAAAUUGAGAACUCCAACCAUUGGACAUUCAUCACGGACAAGCAAAAAGGCUUGAAACAAUCAUUAAAAGAUCUAUGGGAGGAAGGUGUACCUGAGGCAGAGCAUAGGCAUUGUGCAAGGCAUUUGGAGAAGAAUUUUAUCAAAGUUUACAAAGAUAAAAAGCUCAAGGAGCUCUUAUGGAAGGCUGCAAGAGAGGUUAGUGUUCGUAGGUUUGAAGGUGUGAUGGAAGAGAUUAAGAAAAUUGACGAGUCUGCUUUUGAUUGGUUAAUGGAAGCAGGGCCCCAACAUUGGAGCAGAUCACACUUUAGGACUCAUCCAAAGUGUGACAUUUUGUUGAAUAACUUGUGUGAGACAUUUAAUGGGACAAGGGCAAUAUUGGCUGCAAGAGAUAGACCAAUAUUAUCCAUGCUAGAAAGAAUUAGAAUGUAUUUACUAUAG